GUAGCAGGUACUGAGUCUAGCCUCCCAUUCUCGUUUCCUCUUUCUUAAAUAAAUUACCUUAUUUUUUGGGAACAGAACAGACAUGGCCUCAGAACCUGCGGCAGAUGACGACAGCUGGGAGCAAGCUGAAGGGAUCCCGAGUCUCAGUGACCCGUUCAUUCAGAAAUAUAUGGCUGGAAGAGAUGCCCUUGUAGAGCAGGAGAAGAAGCAAAGGAGCGACCGAGCCUUCCGCGAAAAUCUAUCGCCAAUGGCCGCCGAAGCGUGUUCCAUAGUUGAUCAGAUUCGGUUCGAAGAGCAGCAAACGCUGUGGACCAAAGAGUACGAAGACAGCCUAGUAAGCCAACACGUGGAUGUAUUUCCUGGAAUGAUGUUCUCUCUUGCCAAAGACCGGAUGGAGAAGAGUAAGCUCUGGCAAAUAAUUAAACGGAUGCCGAAGGGCACCCUCCUACACUGCCAUCUUGAAGCUAUGGUUGACCUCGAUUGGGCGAUAGGGGAGGCGUUUGCGACCGAAGGCGUAUGCAUCCGUAGUGACCACCCCCUCUCAUCACCCGCUGCACUUCUAAAGACUGGUUUCUCUUUUACUUUCUCUAAGACUCAAGCUCGAGAUAAUGUUUCCAUCUGGAGCGAUCAUUACACUUCUGGUGCUCUUAUUUCAAUUGCCACAGCAGCGGAGACGUUCCCGAGUGGCGGACGGAAGGGCUUCAUCGAGUGGAUACAAUCCCGCUGUUCAAUCACUGCCGAAGAGCAUCUGGCACACCAUGAAGGGCCGAACGAAGUCUGGCGCAAGUUUCUAUCCUGCUUUCCGAUACUGGGGUCCUUGAUCUUCUACGAACCAAUCUACAGGAAAUUCGUACGGAAGAUGUGCAAACAACUUCUGGAUGACGGCGUUUACUAUGUAGAUAUGCGGGCGGCAUUUUACACUCCCUACAGAUGCCUCGGGCAAGAGGAGUUUGAUGACGGAUACAUAAAUAUGUUGGACCACAUGGAAGACGAAAUUGAAAAGUUCAAAGCGUCAGAGGAAGGGAAGGACUUCUGGGGCGGUCGGAUGAUCUGGACAACUGUUCGAGCGUUCGAUAAGCGCCGGGUUAUUGAGAGCAUGAAACAAUGCAUUGAAAUGAAGCUUGAAUUCCCUGAUCUCAUUGCCGGCUACGACCUAGUCGGACAAGAAGACAUGGGCCGAUCGCUCCAAGACCUCGCUCCCGAACUUUUCUGGUUCCGCAAGAAAUGUGCUGAAGCUGGCGUGGACAUCCCGUUCUUCUUCCACGCGGGCGAAACCCUCGGCGACGGCGACUCGGUCGACGAAAACCUCUUUGAUGCUAUCGUUCUUGGAACUCGGCGAAUUGGCCACGGAUUCUCGCUAUACAAGCAUCCGCUACUUAUCGACAUGGUCAAAGAGAAGAAGAUUCUGAUUGAGAGUUGUCCGGUUAGUAAUGAAGUACUGAGGCUUUGUGGCAGCAUCAUGAGUCAUCCGCUUCCGGCGCUGUUGGCGCGAGGUGUACCGGUGAGUCUGUGCAACGACGAUCCUACAAUUUUGGGUCAGGGUGUUAGUGGCAUGUCGCAUGAUUACUGGCAGGCGCUACAGGGCUGGGAAAAUCUUGGUCUCGCUGGCUUAGGAUCGCUCGCAGAGAAUAGUGUUCGGUGGGCGAGUUUCGAGGACUCGAGUGCGAAGGAGUGGGUGCAGGAUAUAAAGGAUGGGACGAUGGGGAAGGGCAUAAGGGCGAGGAGGCUGAAGGAGUGGAUUAGUCGGUGGGAAAAGUUUUGCGCUUGGAUCGUGGAUGAAUAUGGGGUUGAUGAGAACUUGGACCCUGAGGAAUGACGGGAGGGAUUGAACGAGUGUGAGAAGUGAAACUUUCAAAGAUUCAACAACUUGAUUUAUACCAACUCAACAGGUGUGUUAGGUUGAGCGGCUCCUUCUUUUAGGGGCGUGGCUGUCUGCUAGGGACUUUCAUCAACUUGGUCCAAGGAGCAGAGAUUUCCACAGUGCCCUCUUCGUUUCCUAUGGAGCAUUGUGUAUGAUGGGAGCUCACUCAUUUGGGUGAUACAAAGGGGGAUAGCAGUUGUGAACCAGUGGUCCAAGAUAGGAACACAGGUAGCGAAAAAGGAGAUAGACCUUAAUUCCUCGCUAAAGUCUCUCCAGCACGAAAAUAAUUGGGACAUCAUGCACAAAGUACGACUUGGCGAUUCCCAAAA